AAAGUCAAUCUCUUUGAACCCUUGAUAUAUGCAUAGAUAGAACAUAGAAGUAUUUUCCAUCAUAACGUUUGAGGGUAGUAGUGUAACAGCGCAAAUCACAAACAUGCCAUUUCCUCGGAUAAAUUUACCGGAGAAUUUGCAUUUUCACCUUCUUUCCUUCCUUUCGUUCAUAAUCUUCCUAGUCUUUCUUUACAAAUGGCUAUUUUUUGCCCGAAAGCAUGAGUUACCUUUACCACCCAGUCCACCAAAGCUCCCAAUCAUAGGCCACCUCCAUCAACUCGGUAAAUUUCCGCACCGUUCCUUGCGGUCCCUUUCGAACAAGUACGGCGAGCUCAUGUUGCUCCACUUAGGCAACAAGCCGACACUCGUCGUGUCGUCCGCAACAGCAGCCGAAGAGAUCAUGAAGACGCACGAUCUCAUCUUCGCAAAUAGGCCUAAACUACGCUUCAUCAACAGAAUUUUUUAUGAUGGCAAUGACAUAGGGUUUAGUUCAUAUAGAGAGAAAUGGAGGCGUCUGAAGAGGAUUUGUAUAAUGCAUCUUCUAAGCAACAAGAGGGUUCAAUCAUUUCAAACAAUAAGAAAAGAGAUUGUGGAUCAAGUGGUUGAAAAGAUCGAGAGCUAUGAUGGUUCUGUAUUCAACUUGAGUGAGGCUUUGAUAACAUUUUCUAAAGGUCUAAUAUGCAGGACGGCGCUAGGAAGCAAGUACAGCGGCGGCGACGACGAUAGUGGAAGAGGUACCGAGUUUUAUCAGCUCUUCAAGCUGCUUGUGGAGGUGAUGGGAGCGGUAAGUUUGGGAGAUUACAUUCCUUACUUAGGUUGGAUUGAUAGAUUAACUGGUUUAGAACACCGGGUGGAAAUUGUGCGGAAAAAGUUGGACGCUUUCAUUGAGGAAGUAUUAGAAGAGCAUACCAUUCGUUUGAAUGCAAAUUGUCAAAAAUCUCAGAACGACGUUCAAGACUUUGUGGACGUUUUGCUUGAAGUUCAAGAAGAUAAUCCAGAGGAAAUUUCAAGAGAGAGCAUCAAAGGAAUUCUACUUGACAUGUUUGUUGCGGGGACAGAGACCUCUUCCACAACGUUGGAAUGGGCAAUAACAGAGCUGAUAAGACAUCCUAAAAUCAUGAAAAAAUUGCAAGAAGAGGUAAGGAACAAUGUUAAAUACAGUACCAGUGUAGCCGAAGACGACUUAGGGAACAUGAAGUACUUAAAGGCAGUUAUCAAGGAGACACUUAGGCUACACCCUCCUGCCCCGUUGUUGGUGUUUCGAGAAUCUUCCGAAGAUGUCAAAAUUGAUAAAUAUGGCAUUGCAAAAAGGACUCAAGUGAUUAUCAAUGCAUGGACAAUCCAACGAGAUCCUACAUUUUGGCAAAACCCGGAAAACUUCAGUCCAGACCGAUUUUUGAAUGACUCCUCAAGUGUUGAUUAUAAGGGCCAACAUUUCCAAUUUAUUCCGUUUGGGGCUGGAAGAAGAAUGUGCCCAGGAGUGUCAUAUGGGAUUGUGACUACUGAAUUUCUAUUAGCAAGUCUUGUUUAUAGAUUCAACUGGACAUUACCUAAUGGAAGAAAAGGCGAGACUUUAGAUAUGGAAGAAAGUGCUGGUAUAACUGUUGGUCGACGAAACCCUCUUAUGGUCAUUGCAACUCCAUUUGAUACUUAAACCAAAUGAUCAUGGUGCUGUUUGCGGAAAACGAAAAUCACUAUUUUAUCUUUCCAAGUAUUUGUCAUGCAUGUUAUAACUUAUAAUGUGACUGUCAUUGUAUUUCUUGUACUUAAUAACAUGAGAACAUCGCUUCCAUGGAGCUGCAACAUUUUGUUUGUUUGCUUUUUACUUUUUGAGGUUUAAAUGAUUAAAGACAAAUUUGAUAAAGUAUAAUUGUGUUUGUCUAUAGCAUAUGGUAAUAUAAAUGCAAAGCUUCACGU